UGACGGGCGCACAGAUGGCGGCCGGGCUGCCGCCGCGCUGAGGGGAGCUGGCAUGGAGGUGUUCAUCCCGUCUUUCCGAUACGAGGCGAGCGAGCUGGAGCGGGGAUACACGGUCUUUAAAAUAGAAGUGCUGGUGAGUGGAAGGAAACAUUUUGUGGAGAAGAGGUAUAGUGAAUUCCAUGCACUUCAUAAAAAGCUCAAGAAGUUCAUAAGAACACCAGAGAUCCCUUCAAAGCAUGUGAGAAACUGGGUCCCCAAGGUCCUGGAGCAGCGACGACAAGGCUUGGAGUUGUACUUGCAGACAGUCAUUUUAGAAAAUGAAGAGCUCCCUAAGAUAUUUCUCGAUUUUCUGAAUGUUCGUCAUGUACCUACCUUGCCAAAAGCAGAAAGCUGUGGCUCUUUUGAUGAAACAGAAUCUGAAGAAUCAAGCAAACUGUCCCACCAGCCUGUGCUGCUGUUCCUAAGGGAUCCAUAUGUCUUGCCUAAAGCCAACGAUGACUUUCCAAAUGUAGUUAUAGAUGGCAUUCUACAUGGAAUAUUUUAUCCUCACUUACUGCCCAGGUAGAAGUAAUAAGAGGCAAGAAGAAGCUGAAGUCAUGGUUAACAGAAUUAACAGGAAUAAAAUUCUGUGAUGUGAAAAUUAUGCUCAGUAGCAAGAGGCACAACCUCAGAUUAAGUUCAAGCAUUAUGACUUUUUAAAUAAAAUCACUGUCAUUACAGUUGCUGCUUUUAAAAAAGAUACGGAAACAACAGUAUUGAAGUUAUUUAUACUUUCUUUAUAUUGACAUGCUCUGUUUAACACUAAAUGCUCUAAAUCAAACACUGAAUUAUGCUAACCUUUGAAGAGAAAAGUUUUACUAAUUAUUUCUAUAAUUUCUCUUAAAGCAAACACUAAACCAUUUUGCACCAGGAUUUUUCCCAGCACAUUACCCAUUGCUGGCACUGGAUGGAUUAGAAGUGCUGAAGAGAGUAUGUGCAGAAUUGGAAACAUGCUUUCACAUUCUGAAAUACACAGCACUCUCUGAGGAAAUUUUCUAGAUUUCAGUUUAAAUUAUUUGACUUACCAAGAGCUUCUCUAUGGCUUUUGCACAUCUCCAUUCAGUUAUGACAUCUAACUUGUGUGUUUGUUUACUUUCCACACCAACUUGAUGACUGUAUUCCAUAUAUUAACAUUUUAUAAGUCACAGAACAUACAACUCUGUGGUAAACUAAAGCAAGAAUAUUAUGAUUAAGAUCAAACUAAAACUGAUACAUAUAUAUGUAUGUUCAGAUUUAACUGGAAAUUUGUAUGUGUGCUGCUGGACAUUAUAAAAUAAAUUACUAGACCUGAAUGUA